GACCCAAACAAACGUCGCCAAAUUGUUGUGUCCGAGAUUUUUUUUUUUUACGUCUGAAAGUUUUACAUUUUACGCCACAAUGGAGUCUGGACUUGUAGGAUUACGUGCAGAAUUGCAGAAGAAACGCGCAGAGGCAAGUAAGUUUGGAGCCGGCCAGAAGGGAAUUCCUCGACAAGAUGCAGCUAAGCAAAGCAGAUCAACAAAAUCCUUUAACAUCACAAAUGCUGGUGUUAUCGCCAGGGCUGCUAAGGACAGGGAGCAGAUGGAAGAGGAGAAAAUUACAGAAGAGAAAGCAAGGUCAAUCUUGGAGAAGAAAGCUGCCAUGUAUGAGAGGCUGCAUGGUGGUGUUGAGGCCCUGGAGGAUGACGGACUUAACCAAAAAUAUCUCGUCAAUUUUCAGAAAAAGAUUAUUGAUGAUGUAAUGGAAAGGAAGAACAAACGAGAAGAACAGGAAGAAAGAGAGAAGGAGAACCCCAAGUUUUACAAAGCAUCGAAGAAGGACGAUGAAUGGGUGGAAUAUACAGACGUUUUGGGUCGGACUCGCACUUGCAUGAGAAAGGACUUGCCGGAGAUGGUGGAGAAGGACAAGGAACUCGCCAGGGAUACCACAUGGGAUGAACCUUCAGAGCCUGAUCUCCUCUCAGACGACAUGCGAAGGGAGAUCCAGAGACAGAAAUGGGAAACUGAGGAAGAACUUAAUGCUUUUAAGAAGGACAUGCACUACCAAGACGUUUCUUUUGAUGAGGCCAGAGUCCAUGGCACCGGCUAUCUCAGGUUCUCCAAGGAUGCAAAGGAGAGGAAGGAGCAGAUGGACCUCCUGCAAGAGAUCCACAAGGAGACGCAGGUCGGUGAGAGAGCCAAGCGGGUGGCUGCAGCCAAGAAGGAGAAGAUGCUUCAGGCGCGGCUGGAGAAAGUUCGGCAGAGGAAAAGACUCAAGCUGGGGUUGCCUGUUAAAGAUCUAGAACAAGCCAAACUGAAGACUCCUCCAGCCUCGGAAGAUGAGGAAGAGGAUGAAGGGACCAUCAUUGGCCCUCCAGCCCCAGCCAACUUGCAGGAGGAGGAAACAUCCCGUGAGGAACUGAAACGGGCCCAAAAACGGAAGCACACGAGGGAAUGGGACAUGGGGAAGGAGGGGGUUAAAUCAGCCCUUUCUCAGGAAGAGUGGGUCCUGCGGCAGAGGGAGCAGCGGAACAGCGAGUUUGCGCCACCUACCCUGUACGAGCCAAGCAAACAGCGGCACAGUAAGCAGAAUUCGAGACCGUCGUCUACCAAUGCAGAGAUGGGGCUGCCAAGCAAUGCAGGGACAGAUUCGCAGGCCUAUGGAGACCCAGCGUUCGGGAGUCAGGACUGCGGAGAACCUUCUGUCCAAAAGGAGGAAAGAAGAAACGAAUUUGCUCCCCCUGCAACGUAUGAGUAUUAUGGUCCCGCUUCUUCCAAACGGCGAGAUAAUUAUAGGAAGCCUGGAUACAAAGCCAUGGAAAAUUCAAUUAGUAAAGGCCUUUCAAAUUUGCGAAAAAUGUGCGACAGUUAAUUCAUUAUUUUUAUAUGGUGUGGAGUUUAAUGAAUGAAGAGUAAUUUAAGAUUUGCAAAUGAUGCAAAUGUAAGAGUUUUGAUAUUUUUUAUUUCUUUUCUGUAUUGAAAGUGUACAAAAUUUGUAGGGAAAGAUGUCAUAUGUAAUGAUAUCAAAUUAGUACAAUUUUAUUAUUUGAUUUUUCUUCUGAGUUAUUUGCAGUGUGAAUUAUUUUUGAUGGGGAUAUUGUAUAUUUAUGUGGAGAAGUUAUUUUCAUUUACUAAAGAGCAUUGUAGUUUUAUAGAGAUAUGCAUUACUGUAAAGAGGAAAUUAACAUAGUGGAAAAUUGAAAAUAUUCUGUAUUAAAUUUGUAAUCUGAUAGAUUAACUAUUUCAUAAGUUAGGCUUUAUUCACUUGUGUUUAUAGACAUGUUGAAUUUUGCACAAAUAUAGAUAGUUUUUUAUAAA